GCAAUUACCUUACAUUUACGGCCAGCGGCAAUCAGCCAAGUUACUCUACACUACACUCCAACUACACUACAACCACAACUAAACAAUCAGCCCUCGACAAGACACAGUUUCUUUCAUUUUCUAUAUUGAAUAGCAGAUACUCAUCCACCGAUUGACUCGAAAUGACGACAGCAAUGACGACGCCAGCUUGGUUCAACAACUACAUCGAUCCCUCGACUGCGGUGGUAAAGGCGACGAAGAAUACGUAUCCUGUGCCGGCUUCUUAUAAUAAGGAUAUCGUGUUGAAUACAAAGGCUAAACAUGCCAAGGAGCUUGCGGGGAUGCCUCAGGCGAUGCAGGAUGAUUUGAAGGUGAAGAAAGCAUGGGAAAUCGCCCUCGCGCCCUCAAAAUCCCUCCCAAUGAACGCAAUAAUGUCCUACUUCUCUGGCUCGUCCCUGCAAAUCUUCUCGCUGACCAUGACCUUCAUGCUGUUUUCCAACCCAGUCAAAGCGAUCGCGGGCGUGAACUCGACGUUUGCGCGGUACGAGUCCGAGGCGACGUACUCGCGCAUCCUGCAGGCGAAACUCGUGUUUAUCUUGAUGAAUCUCGGGACGAUUGCGGUCGGGGUGUGGAAGAUGAGUAGUAUGGGGGUGUUGCCGACGAAGAGUAGUGAUUGGCUUGCGUGGGAGAGUCAGACGUCGGUACUUGAAUCGUCGGUGGUGGUAUAAGACGGAAAGAGAAGAACGAGAGAGUGUACGAUAGAUAAUAAUGCAUUAUUGCCAUACUUAUUGACAGAGUAAUACUGCUCCCGUAAGAUAUUAUUAUUACUUGCUCUCAGAGGGUAUAACUGUAGCUAUACAAAGUAGAUGGUAUUCAUAGUUGUGUAAAUAGUGU